AUGUCCGACCUCAGGAACCGUGCGAAACAGUCGGACACGCCGUUGUGCAAAAAUUUAAAGUCGGGGUCUCUGUUAAACCUCUCGACGACCCUUUUCGCACAAAGGAUUCUCUUCUCCUCUCGGCUGAAAAUUGGCUCGAUUGGCUCGGUUUUCGCCUUCUUCGAUUUGUUGCUCCUCUUCACUCCGCCAUACUUUCUCUUCUUCUCCUUCAUAUGUUCCCUGUCCUUCCUGUUUAAUUUAAUCGCCUCCUUCAUCUGUUUCCUCUGCUUACACUGCUCGUGCGCCUCCUUGGCCUGCUUUCGGGCGUCGGGGCCUUCGAGAACCCGGAAGAGUAUCUCGAGCAGAGCGCCGCCGUGUAGCCGCCUUCUCUGUCUGAUUUUCCGGUGCCCCGCACCCCACGGAGGUUGCAGACGAGCUUCAGGGCCUUCAGUGGGUCCUGCUUCCACGCGAGCUUCAGGUGCUCGGUUAGGGUCUCCGGCGGCGUGUCGGGGACGACGUGAAAGAAGAAAUCAAGGCAGGGGUUCCCCGUCGAGAAGAAGGUCGGCGAGAAAUUCUCUGUCAGGCCCAUCGGAGGGUUUUGAUUUCGGCCAACCGCCACGCCUUUCAAGUUCGCUACCAGGCCAUCCAAGUACGAUCUCGCGGCGGCUGUUGUGGGAGCGGUGGCGUUGGCGGAGGGGGCGGGGGUUGCCGGGUAGAUUUCCGGUGGUCCGAGGAGAGAAAUUGAGGCCGGUGGCGCCAUGGAAGAAAGGGAAGAGAACGGUAGGGUUUAGUUUAACUGUUUUGAACGAAUUUUUAAGGCGAGUAGUUGAGAUUCCGGCGUGUGGGUGUGCUGAAAGGUGGUUUUGA